CAUUCCUCAUCACCGCGAUUGAACAACGUCUUCGUUAGACAGUGCAGAACUGAAUACUUAUUCACUGAAUAUAUACAUUUAACAUGCUUUUGCACGGAAACACAUGUUAAGCUUCCUUCUUCCUCAGACAGUGAAGAACUCAGGUUAGAGCACCGACUAUCUUAAACCUCUGUCAUUAAUUUCCGGAAACUGGAGCGUUUCAAUUCUUGUUUGUGUCAAUUUUCAAUUGAAAACUGAGAAAUCUGAAAACCCGUUUCCAAUGAUUGAUGAUUACGUUGAAUGAAGAAGAAUGGCCAAAAAAGUUUCGUUUUUUCUUAUUCCCCAUAGAGCUUUCUCCUCCUCCACCCCUGAAAAGAUCCCCACCCUUUACUCCUUCCUCCAGCCCUCAGUCUUUGCCCUCACCAAAAACCAGCCCCAACCCAUUUCAGAACCCUCCCAAAAGGUCCCACCUUGCCUCUCCCCUGAGCAGCUUUCAACCUUGGAGAGCACCCUCCACAAGUCCCUCAUAAGCAGCAACACUGAUGAGGCAUGGAGGUCCUUCAAGGCCCUCACUUCCCACCAAGCCUUCCCUCCCAAGCCACUCACAAACUCCCUCCUCACCCACCUCUCCUCCCUUGGUGACACCCUCAACCUCAAGAGGGCCUUUGCCUCUCUCCUCUUCCUCAUGGAGAAGAACCCCUUGCUGCUCCACCAUCACACCCUCAACCACAUCAUGCACUCCAUGAGGAGUGCCAACACUGCUGCCCCUGCCUUUGCCCUUGUCAGGAGCAUGUUCAGGAACAGGCUCUUUGUGCCCUUUCAUGUCUGGGGCCCUGUGCUGGUUCAGAUCAGCAGGAGCAAUGGGAGCCUUGCUGCCUUCCUCAGGGUCUUUGAGGAGAAUUGUAGGCUGGCUUUGGAGGAGGGGGUGGAGUUCAUGAAGCCUGAUGUUGGCGCUUGUAAUGCGGCGCUGGAAGGUUGCUGCUGUGAGCUUGAGUCAGUGAGUGAUGCUGAGAGGGUGGUUGGGAUCAUGGCGAAGCUCGGGGUGAGGCCUGAUGAAUCGAGUUUCGGGUUUCUUGGGUAUUUGUAUGCACUCAAGGGGUUACAGGAGAAGAUACGUGAGUUGGAAGUUUUGAUGGGUGGGUUUGGUUGUUUGAACAAGAAGGGUUUUUAUUCUAAUUUGAUUAGUGGGUAUGUUAAGUCAGGGGAUUUAGCUUCUGUGGAGUCAACUAUUGUUAGGUGUUUGAAUGAUGGAGGUGGGAAGGAUUGGGGUUUUGGUGUUGAAACUUUCUGUCAAGUGGUUAACGCUUAUUUUCAGAAAGGAAAUAUCAAGGGCUUGGCUAAUUUGAUUAUUGAAGCUCAGAAGUUAGAGGGUUCAAGUAUUGUGGUUGAUAAGUCUAUAGGUUAUGGUAUUGUUAAUGCGUGUGUAAGCCUUGGAGUAUCAGAUAAAGCACACAGUAUUCUUGAUGAGAUGAAUGCUCUGGGGGCCUCUGUGGGUCUUGGGGUCUAUGUGCCUAUUCUGAAGGCUUACUGCAAAGACAAUAGGACUGCUGAGGCUACUCAGUUGGUGAUGGAGAUUAGUAAUUCGGGUCUUCAGUUGGAUGUGGAGACCUAUGAUGCUUUGAUAGAAGCUUCCAUGUGCAGCCAAGAUUUUCAGUCAGCGUUUUCCCUGUUUAGGGACAUGAGAGAGGCAAGGAUUCCUGACUUGAAAGGGAGUUACUUAACUAUGAUGACGGGUUUGAUGGAGAAUCAUCGGCCUGAGUUGAUGGCAGCUUUCUUGGAUGAGGUGGUUGAGGAUCCUAGGGUUGAAGUGGGUACUCAUGAUUGGAAUUCUAUCAUCCAUGCUUUCUGUAAAGCUGGGAGACUAGAAGAUGCAAGAAGGACUUUCAGAAGGAUGAUGUUCCUACAAUUUGAGCCAAAUGAUCAGACAUACUUGUCCAUGAUUAAUGGAUAUGUCUUGGCAGAGAAAUAUUUUCUCGUGUUGAUGUUGUGGAAUGAGGUUAAGCGAAAGCUAUCAGUGGAUGGGCAGAAGGGGAUCAAGUUUGACCACAAUCUAGUUGAUGCUUUCUUGUAUGCUAUGGUCAAGGGAGGUUUCUUUGAUGCUGCUAUGCAAGUUGUGGAGAAAGCUAAGGAGAUGAAAAUAUUUGUUGAUAAGUGGAGAUACAAGCAAGCAUUCAUGGAGACCCAUAAAAAGCUCAAAGUGGCUAGGUUAAGGAAAAGAAAUUUUAGAAAAAUGGAAGCACUUAUUGCUUUUAAAAAUUGGGCUGGCUUGAAUGCAUGAACAUUUAAUUCUGGCUAUUUAACUUGCGGAGGAUUAAACCAUCAUGUCUUAAUGAAACAACUCAAAAUGAACUGAGGAAGGAUUCAAUAUUGUAAAUUCUUUCAAGACGUGUGCUUCAAAUUCACAAAUUUUGGAGCACUUCAAUUUUUUAUUUACUCAGUUUAGGCUUGUCAACAAGGUUCUUUUCUCCUAUUAUUUUUGCCCCAGAUGUUACACAAAGCAAUUAUUUGACACUUUUGAUAAGUUUAUCCAGCUGAUUCUUGCAUUUUUGUUUAAAUGUAUUCAUUUUUUCUUGUAUUUUGUUCUCUGCUGUCCCCCAUUUUUGGUUGUUGGUUGCUGUCUUCUUGUACAUAAGAUUGGAAAUUUAAACACACUGAAUGAAUGAACUGUAUAUACAUACAUGGUUUCAAUUCAAUAUUCCCCAAAAGAAGAAAAUAUGGUUGGAUAUUGA